CUCAGCCGAAACGCGAAUAUGGCUCUUGAUGAUGGGACAGGACUUUUCUACGCACUUUCCAUUUGUAUUGCGCUCGGUAUAUGGCUAGUCUUUGCUCGCUACCAGACUGUUAGGAAUAGAGCUGUUCUGUUCACCUGGCCUGCUCCCGACGCUGCCGACCCGGACUGGUCUUCGAUCACAAUAUCCAACCCCAGUCUUGAGGCCCACCUGCAGAAUCCAGACCUACUUCCACCUGUUCAUGUUCCUAAUCGUCGAUAUAUAACGUGCUACGAUCCGGCUACUUCAUUAUAUCUUGGCACGUUUUUAGCGGACGAUGCUUUCGUGAUUGGUGAAAAAAUCGGUAUGGCGGGCAGAGCGCAGCAUUCUUGGAAGCAAAGCUCCUUUGCAGACCGCAAGAGGGUAAUGCGCAGUCUACUUAAAUGGCUCGUUGAUAAUCAAGAGGACUGUGCAAGGGUUACAUGCCGUGACACUGGUAAAACGAUGGUUGAUGCUGCAUUGGGAGAAAUUUUGACCACAUGCGCCAAAUUGGAGUGGUUGAUUGACCAUGGAGAGUCGUAUCUUCGUCCGGAAAAGAGAGGAACAUCGUUAAUGAUGUGUUACAAGCGCGCUGAGUUGCAUUACGAACCACUCGGCGUCGUCGCCGCCAUUGUCUCUUGGAAUUAUCCGUUGCAUAAUGCGUGGUCUCCAAUCCUUGCUGCUAUAUUCGCGGGAAACGGUGUGGUUGUGAAAUGCUCGGAACAAGUCGUUUGGUCAACAAGCUGGUUUAUUGGGGCUAUCCGAGAGUGCUUAACAGUCUGCGGAUUCGAUCCCGACCUCGUACAAGUGGUCUGUUGCUGGCCAGAAGAAGCCGAAGCAUUGACGGCCUCUCCACACAUCAGACAUAUCACAUUCAUUGGCUCAGAGGAAGUUGGAAGAAAAGUCGCAAUGGCAGCAACCACACAUUUAACACCGGUUACACUCGAGCUUGGAGGCAAAGAUCCUGCAAUAAUUCUGCCAGGAAUGGAUCUCAGUAAAUGCAUAAGUACAUUGAUGCGAGGCGUCUUCCAAAAUGCAGGACAAAAUUGCAUAGGAAUCGAACGUAUUAUUGUGCAUGCGUCUCAAUAUGACGAGCUCCUCGAGAUGAUUGUAGAACGUGCAACGAAUCUCCGCUUGGGCUCGGUCUUGCACGCGACCGAUGGUUUCAUUUCUCCCGUUGAUUGUGGCUCGAUGAUAUCGAGGGAUCGCUUUUCUGAACUUGAGCGCAUCAUAAGCGACGCUGUCAAAGAUGGCGCAUCUCUUCAUGUGGGUGGAUUGACAUUCAGACACGCGUAUCUUGAGGAUGGCUCGUACUUCUCGCCGACCGUCAUCGGAGAUGUUCACCAAGGGAUGGAAAUAGCCGAUAAAGAACUGUUUGCACCUGUCGCAGUGCUUAUGAAAUACGAUUCGGUAGAAGAUGCCAUCGAAACAGCCAAUGCUACACGUUAUGGGCUUGGGGCUUCGGUUUGGGGACCAGACCAGGAUGAGUGCCUAAGAGUUGCUAAACGCCUGGAGUGCGGAAUGGUGUCCGUCAACGAUUUUGCCGUCUUUUACUUAAACCAAAACCUUCCAUUCGGAGGUGUCAAGUCCAGCGGCUACGGAAGAUUCAGCGGUCCAGAGGGCCUUCGCAGCCUGACGAACCCCAAGGCAGUGGUGGUUGACCGCUGGCCCUUCUUGAUCCAGACGAGUAUACCCGCUGCGUUGGACUAUCCCAUCCGUUCUUUAGUGAGCAGCUGGGAAUUUGUCGGUGGUCUCAUUCAACUCCUACAUGGCGAUACCCUUCGAUCACGCUUUACUGGACUUCUUCAACUGAUUAGGGCCGGACGACGCUGACAUUUUUGCCAAUCAUUGGAUUCCACAUCUACGUACUAAUUCUGGAUAUUCGACAUGGUGGUAUAAAUAUGCCUAAUAUCAACUUUGCGAUUAAC